AAGAGUCCAGCCUCUGGUUCUGACUCAGAACUGCUGUGUGACCCUGGGCAAGUCACGUGCUCUGGGCUGGACACGCUUUGAUUCGGAACUUGUUAAAAAGUGUAAAACCUCAAGGUCCUCAACAGUGUCAGGAAUGGUUCUGCUGUAACAUCUUUGGAAAGGAUUUUUCCAAGACAGCUACGGAGAUGAUUGAUGUAAAAGCUUGGGCUGAGUAUGUUGUGGAGUGGGCUGCAAAGGAUCCAUAUGGCUUUCUUACCACAGUGAUUUUGGCUCUGACUCCACUUUUUCUAGCAAGUGCAGUACUGUCUUGGAAACUGGCAAAAAUGAUUGAGGCCAGGGAAAAGGAGCAGAAGAAGAAACAGAGACGUCAAGAAAAUAUUGCAAAAGCCAAACGACUAAAGAAGGAUUGACGAAAAAAUUAAGAAAAUCUUUUUCAUUUAAAGAAUCCACAGUAAAAGAAAAAUUAUAUAAAAUGAUGCAGUUCUUGAAGAAACACUAGGGUGCUUUUGUUGUAUUUUAUAACAGUGUUAUUUUAUCCAGCUAUUUGACCAUGUGAGAAAAUUGAAAUUCUGUAACUAUGUUAUAAUUUUUCAGCUUGGAUACAGAAACUUGUUGGUGCCUGUCAACUGACAUUUAUGUUGCAAAUUCCUUUUAACUCAUUUUGCUGUUGCUUUUUUGGUUGCCCGUGUGCUAAAGUGAAUCUAUGUUAGGGAAGAAAGUGUCUUAAGAUGUGAUUUGUUGUCUACUGGUAGUUUUAAGUUUAGGGUCCUGUUUAUGGAUAAAGAUUUGGAAUAUUGAAAAUUUAAAAAAAAUUUUUUCUUCACUGGGGGGACAGGAAAAAUAUUCUUAAGACUUUUUUUCUUAAACAAUUUUCAUGAAAUUUGGAUGGAUUUAUGAUUCAUUGAGAUGAAUAAUUUGCUUCACUAGGAUACAUCACUUGACUUGCAUGUUUUUCUCAUCCUCUGCAAUUGUUGAUGUCAUUCCAUAAAUCUUUCAGAGCAGCCACCCGAUAAUGGUAUAGCUGUAUUUCUCUAGUUCUAUUGGUGCUUGGGAGAACUAAUGUAGACUUGGGCUGUUUUGUUUUAUUCACUAUAUUAAACCAGGCUACCUCUUUUUCUGAUCAUGCAUGUCUUUAUGAUACUUUAUGCUAUCCUACAGGUUUGACUCACAUUUUGUUUUUUUGACAUGGAAUCAUUUCUGGGAACAAAAGCAAAUCUUGAUGAAGUAACAUUUCUGCAUUGUUAAUGUCAUCUACACUUGGAAGAUAUUGAUAAUGUAAUUUAUAAGACAUUUCAUAUUUGAUUAAUUUUAAUAUACUGUGGAAUUGUUCCCUGUUUACUUUUUUUGACAGCAUGUUAUAUAUUGAGCAAAUAGAGUUAUGUGCAGUUAUAAAGACUUCUGUCUUCCUUAGGAAUCAUCUGCAAAGAAGAAUUUAGGGUUGCUAUAAAUAUGCUGAACUUAAUACUAUCUGGCUUAUUCAUGCUUAUAUUGUAUAUAAGAGUGAAAUGGUUAAAAAAAAGUGUUGGUAGCUGAUUCUUCUAAUACAUAUUUUUUAAUCCAUUAUUUCAUUUUAACCUAUGUGGUUAAUCUAUGUCAGGUGACUUCAUGUUACAAGUAAGUUUCUUGAGGUAUUUUGAAAACAAGUCCUUAAAGACACAAAACCUAUUUUUAUUUGAUGUAUUUGAAUAAAAAGACAAUAAGGUAUGUAAUUUAAAUUGGAAUGAAAAUAGGUUGAUUGUUUUUAAAUUUCAGGAAAAGGGCUUUUUAAAAAAAAGUCCUUUCCUUUGUGAAAAAUAAUUGUCUAAUUGAUUAAAAUUUCAUGUAUGCUUUUUAUGACUUAGUCCAUUAUUAAAUUUUAAUGGCUAUGAUCAUUUUUUCCUUUUAAAUCUAAAAUUUUUUAAGUGUAUUAAUCUAGUAACUAUAAUUUAAGAAAUAAAUUAGUUAUAUAAAUAAAUUUGAUACUUUUUUAAGAUGUUGAUUGUCUUCAUAUUUAUUAAGUGUAAUGUUUAUUGUUUUUAAUCAAAAUACCACACAUAUUUCAUCAAAAAAAGAAAUCUGUGUGAAAAUUGACCACAUUUCUGAGAAUGGUAUUGACCAUUAUAACCACUGAACUUCCUAGGAAGUAACAUUUAUACUAAUUAGCUACCUUUUAUAUUGACGUAUCAGAAGAUCAUUUUUUUAAACUAUCAAAGAAUAACCCCUUCAUUUUUUUUACCUUAUAAUUGAUGCUCAUAUUGAGUGGCAUACGUCAUCAUACUUUAACACUAUCUUUCAUAGGGAAUUGACAUCUAGACCUUUAGGAGGGCUUAUACUUUGAGUUUUCAUUAGUAGUGCUUUCUGCUUCUCUUUACACUAUACAACUCAUAUAAGUUCUUUAUUGCUACAAGAAUCUUUAUAAUCUUAAUGAACACUAUUAGUUCUUGAACAUUAUUUCACAGCAGUAUUUAUUUAUUUUUCUUUCUUUCUUUUGCAAGAAUACAUGGAUAUUGGUCUUUUGGUCAGUAUUUUCCACUGUCUUCCCAGUUGAAACAAACAAGUAAUAAAUAACAACUCUGUUGUUCCUGUUUUUGAAAUUUGUGCUCUCAAGUUAAUGAUCUAUACCAGCUAUUUAUCUCUUUUCAUUUAAUUGUGUCUAAGACUUAUAUCUUCUGUGAAAAUAAGUCAGAAUUAUAAAGUACUAGUCAAUUACUAGAAAUACAUUUAUCAUUUAAAACUGAGCUACAUUAUAGCUCCAGGUAUUUUCUUGAGAACUCUCAAUAAACAAAUAUUUACUCUGCA